AUGCAUGAAGUGUUGGAUGUGUGCGCUGCCACAAGGGCCGAGAGCGAGUACAUAAAGGGUCGGCUCCACUUCUACUUUGCUUCAUGUCACUCUUAUCACGACUCUGCCUACCUGAAGAACGUCGCUCGGAUCUGCGACGAUGUAUACCAAACAUGCUCGAGCGCCCGCUCGACCACCUACCCUAAUUGGAGAGGCGUUGCGUUGCCCUUUGUCUUCUACAAACCCACAAUCAACUCCCUCAAUACACCGAUGUCUGAGCUAGGCCCUCGCAUCAAGGGCAAGCGCAAGGGCAAGCGCAAGGCCAAGGCCAAGGCCAAGGUCACCCUCGGCCCGCUCGGCAAGCUGUCCGCCGAGCUCCUCUCCUUGGUCCUUUCCUUCCUCCCCAUCAAGAAACGUGCCCGCCUCCUUCUCGUCAACUCGGCCUUCUAUGCCGCCAUAAUCCCAAUACUCUACUCGCACCUGAGUAUCUUCCACCAGAUCUUUGAUCCACCAAUGCAAGGCCGUGCCGCCGCUUACGGAGCCUACGUCGAGGUACUUGACCUGUACGAUCACCACGAGGACGAAUGUCACUGCAGUCGUCAAGCUCAAACACUCGCACGAAGAGGGAUUUGCCCCUACCUCGAAUGCGCCCUCCCACGCCUCCGAGCACUUCGCCUCCACCUUGACCUUACGGGGAGGGAAAUCCACGACCCCCACCAUGAACCUGGAACGACCUGUCAAGCAACCAUGGGCAUCCGCCCGGACAUGCUCAUCUUGCGGGAUGUACCUCUCUUCUUGGCCGAGGAGGAUGAUAUCCUCGGCCCCGAGAUCAUGCUUGCACAAGAGGUUAUCGACUCGGCCCAGCACCUCGUCUGUGUCCUCACCAGCCAAUUCACUCCCGGCCACUGGGAGGGCGAAGACACCACUGGCCACAUCAUGCGACUGGUCGGGAAGUGCACAACCGACCUAACCUUCGUAUUUUGGACGCGUGGCAGUCAAGAGCUCUUCAUUGUUCACUCCAGGGGCAUCGAUGCGACGGGGUUCUGGCUGAGCAACCUGGUCGUCGACAUCACGGACCCGAACUUGGAAGACUGCAACGUCACGUUUGUGAACGCCGGCUCGGCCUGGUUUCAGUUCGCCGAGUUCCUCGAUGACCGGCAGCCUGAUGAGGAGGACUACGACGUUCACCCCGAGGCCUUGCCGAGCGUGGAGAGCCAACACCGCCGCGUCGAGCGCUGGUUCCGCUCCCAAGUGGAGGAGAGGUGUCUUGAACGAGGCUUCGACGACGAGGCGAUAUGGUGCCGUCAAGACUCGAUUCGGUUCAUCACCGUGGACGAGUACCUCGCCGAACCCGCAGUCCUCGACGUGUUCGAUUUGGCAGAGCUGGUGGCGUGGAAGAAGGACAACGCAUGGCCCUAUUGGGACUGGGAUGUCAUCUGGAGGAUGGAGGAACGGGCCGAGUGGUUGAGGGACAGGAUAAUCGAGGAAGAAGCAUCGACAGAGUGA